UCAGAGGAGGGCGGUUCUUGUUUGUAAGGCAUGUUUGCUUGGGAUUGGAGGUCCCGUUCAGUGCUUUGGUGCUAGUAGAUGGAUGUUCUCUUACUGCAUUAGUACUAGGAUCCUUGGAUUGCGCGCAAAGAGAAGUGUAACGGGUGAAAGGGUCCGCAUAGAACAUGGUGUUUAGCUUGCAAGAUUGUUUUUUGUGUUUAGGUUUUUGUGCUGAGUUGCAACUUGCAAGAUGAUCUCGUCAGGGUGAUUCUGAAUUUUAUAUGAGAGUGCGGUUUACAUUGCCUUUCACCCCAAAGAAAAAGGAGUAUACUGUAUAGCGCCAAAAAUAUCUGAAUCCUGCUUGCGUGAGUAACCGAUCAGUAAGAAAGCGAUGGCAUAGUCAUGCGCCGGGAUUGAUUUGUCGGUGGAAUUCAGAGUAGAAAUGGAUGCCCAACGGGUUAGUGAGAAUGCAAAAGCAGCUCACAUCAGUCUGAAACUCAGAUUCAUGGUUGGUGCGUUCUGUUAACCGUAUGUAUGGUCUACUUCAUGCUGUAAAUUGGGUGGGGUUGAGGCUAAUUAGCAGACUAAGUUACGUUGAUCUGGUGAACGAAGACCAGCUUUUUUCUCUAGAAGUGGACAACAAUAGUCUGAUAAUAGGUCUUUAUGUUAAUAAUGGCGUAUAAACAUGAGCUGCUGCAGCUGCAGUUACAUUUGAAUAUUCUAUUUGCACACUUGCUUGUAACUCUUAACAAUAGUUUGAACUCAGUUGUGGACUUCGUUUAUCUGCUUACCUCCAUUGUCAUUUGUUUACUAACAAACUGGAAAAUUGCUAUUGUGAAUAAUUACUGAGACAUAUUGUUGUGACUGCAGUAGUAAGGAAGUUAUUUAAAUACUCAUUACCACGUAUAUACCGAGGACACGAUUAUCUGCAUUAUAAAAAGCAAAUGAAAACGUUAGGUUGAGAGACCAUGACAUGGAAUUUAGCAGUAGCAGAUUAUAUUUUAUAGCACAAGGAGCAUUUGAGUAGCUGAAAGAAUUACCUUCAAUGGAGCUCGAAGCCACUCCUGACGAUGAAGUAUUCAGCUCAAAUGAUGAGAUGCAGGAGUUGUGGCCUCUGGGAGAAGUAGACCCAAAGAAAGCAAGGUUCCCUUGUUGCAUUGUCUGGACUCCUCUCCCUGUAGUUUCUUGGCUGGCUCCCUACAUAGGGCAUGUGGGGAUUGCCCGGGAGGAUGGAACUGUCAUGGACUUUGCAGGUUCGAAUUUGGUGAGCGUCGAUGAUCUUGCUUAUGGUUCUGCGGCAAGAUGCCUUCAGCUUGAUAGGAAGAAGUGCUGCUUCCCUGCCAACCUCGCGGAGCACGUGUGCGCGAGGUCCCACGAGCACUCGGAGGCCGGGACGGCGAUCUCGUGGGACGACGCGCUGCGCUCGGGGGCGCGGCGCUUCGAGCACAAGUGCUACAACCUCUUCACCUGCAACAGCCACUCCUUCGUGGCCGACUGCCUGAACCGGCUCGCCUACGGCGGCUCCGUGGGGUGGAACGUGCUGAACCUGGCGGCGCUCGUCUGGCUGCGCGGCCGCUGGCUGGACCGGACGGCCGCCGUCCGGUCCUUCCUCCCGUUCGCCGCCGUCUCCUGCGUCGGCGUCCUCAUGGCCGGCUGGUCGUUCCUCCUGGGCAUGGCCGCGUUCUCGCUGCUCCUCCUCGGCUGGUUCGUGGUCGGCGUCUACUUUUUGAAGGGCCUCGUCGGCUGAACCGACACCGACUCGCACACAAUUAGCCGGGGAGACUGGGGGAGAGUGGAGUUUUGAGCCUGUUUUGAUAAAUGGGGACCGGGAUUUAAAUAUAUACAGUAAUUUUCAGAAACAUUUUAGAGCAAUCCUACCCGUUCGAACAAAAUUACAUUAGUAAAAAAACUAAAAAGUGUGCUGAAAUUUGACCGAUGGAGAUUU